AUGAGUUUCGCUGGCAAGAUUUAUGUGGUGACUGGCGCGGGGUCCGGCAUUGGAAAAGCCACGGUGAAAAAGCUCCUUGAUCAAGGGGCCACGGUUCACGCCCUCGAUAUCACAAAGAUACUCGCGCAUGAAAACACAAGCGGCCAGCAAAUUUCACACGAGAAUGUCGACAUAAGUUCGCGGGAUUCAGUCAGAGCAGCCCUGAACGAGAUCUGGCGUGCUAAGAAUGACAAUCUAUGGCUUGAUGGGCUUGUUAAUUGCGCCGGUGUCCUACGCACCACUGCGUAUAAUACCAGCCCUGAGGAGGACAAAGUAUUUGACUUGCUCUGGAAGGUCAACGUCAUGGGCGCAUGGCACGUCACCACAGAGUUUCAUGCUCGGCUGCAACAUCUCCGUCAAUCCGAUGGCUCCCAGUAUGGCAAAGCUACAACGAGCAUAGUCAAUGUUGGCUCUAUGGCUUCAGUGCGAGGCAUUCCCGGGAUGGCGGCAUACGUGGCUAGCAAGCACGCAGUACACGGGCUGACAAAGACUCUUGCUCAGGAUCUCGGUCCCUCUGGGUACCGAGUUAACACCGUGGCACCAGGCGCGGUCAAUACGCCAAUGAUAGCCACGGAGCUUCGGGAUGGUACCCAUGAAAAGCACGGCGCUUUUAGGGGUGCAUUCAAGACAUUCUCGGAGCCGGAGGAAAUCGCCGAUACAAUCUUAUUUCUCUUGGGAGACGGAUCGUCGUCGAUUUCUGGCCGGCUUCUGGAGUUACAGAACCCUUAUAAGAACUUGAUCGGGAUAGUGGAGUGA